AUGGCGGCAAUCUCAGGGAUUGGAGUUCGUCCUCUCCCUCGCCCGAGUUUUGCUCCGAAAGAGAGCUGUUUUCGUGCGUCGGCGAUAAGUAGUGGCUUGAAAAUCAACGGCUCCUCCGAGGAACCGCAAUCUAUCCAAAAAGCCACUAUAAGGAGAAGAGCGUUGCUUGGUGGUGUGGGGCUGUUGUUCACUGGCACUUCGUCUGGAACUUUUGCCUUCGCAGAUGAGGUGCCAGAGAACUACCAAGCUUUUGUUGAUUUUUCUGAUGGAUACUCGUAUUACUACCCCUCUGAGUGGAGGGAAUUUGAUUUUAGAGGGCAUGAUUCAGCAUUUAAAGACCGCACGCUGCCAUUGCAAAAUGUUAGAGUUAGCUUCAAACCAACUGAUAAAACUGAUGUGCGUGACUUGGGACCCAUGGAAGAGCGGUCAAUCGAUGGGAAGAAUUACUGGACAUUUGAGUAUGAAAUUGCAUCUUCAGGGUUUUCUCGUGCUUCUUUUGCAACCAUCGCUAUUGGCAACGGAAAAUGCUACACACUUAUUGUCGGAGCAAAUGAAAGACGGUGGAGAAAGCUGAAGGACAGGCUUAGAGUAGUCGCCGACUCUUUCAAGAUAUUUGACGUCUGA